AUGCCCGCCCGGUCGCAUCAUCCGGCGGAGGAGCUUUCUUUCGUGUCCGAUACCGACCAGAGCGCCCGGAAAAAGGGUGAGAAACAACGCGACAUUGCCUUUGUCGAUAUCGUGCGCUUUGUCAUGCGCCGCUGGUUGGAGCAUCCGGCCUUUCUGACGCGCACCCUCAUGGGCAUCGCGCUGGCCACGAUUGCGGAUGUCGCGACCCCGGUGCUUUCGGGGCGCCUUGUGACCGAUAUUUCGAGCCAUGCGGGCGGGGCUCCGCAUGAUGCUGGCCAACUCGCGCUGCGCAACGACGCCCUGCUGAUGGUGGGCGGGCUGAUCGCGCUGGGGCUGGUCGGGUUGCUCGGACGCCGGUCUUCCUAUCUCGGUAUCACCCACCUGAGCCUGGCCAUCAUGCAGCGUGCCCUGUCUCAGGGCUUUGCUCGCGUGCAGCGCUUCUCGACCGACUGGCACGCCAAUAAUUUUGCGGGCUCCACAGUGCGCAAGCUGACGCGUGGCAUGUGGGCCAUCGACACGCUGGACGAUACGCUGCUUCUGCUGAUUGCGCCUGAGGUUCUGGUCCUGACCGGGACCACACUGGUGCUGGCCUGGCACUCGCCGUUCAUGGGCGCCGUCCUUGCCCUUUCGGUUGUGCUGUUCACAUGGCUCUCUGUCGUGCUCACCCUGCGCUAUGUCGCGCCCUCGGCGCGGUCGGCUAAUCGCUGGGACACGAAAGUGGGCGCGGCGAUCGCCGACGCUGUGACCUGCAACGCCGUGGUCAAGGCAUUCGGGGCGGAGCGUCGCGAAGAGCGUCGUCUUGCGCGCGUGUUGAAAGCCUGGAGCGGCCGUACGUCGCGUACUUGGAUCAGGGGCACCAACAGCGCCAAUCUUCAAGGUCUGGCCUCGCUGGCAAUGCGUAUGCUGCUGGUCGCGCUCAUCGUCUGGCAAUGGUGGCAAGGCAAGGCUGGUCCCGGUGACGUGGCCUAUGUGUUGACUAUGGUGUUUCUGGUGCAGGGCUAUCUCCGCGAUCUGGGUCAGCAGGUCAGUCAGGUCCAGCGUUCGGUAAAUGAAAUGGAAGAGCUGGUCGCGAUUUUCGAUCAGGCGCCGGGCGUUCAGGAUAGCAAGGGCGCCAAGAAAGCAGCGUUUACAACGGGACGCGUGCGUUUCGAAAACGUGACCUUCCAGUAUGCCGGUCAGGACACGCCACUCUACGAAAAUCUCGAUGUCUCGAUCGAGCCCGGGUCGCGUGUGGCGCUGGUGGGGCCGAGCGGUUCCGGCAAGACAACGUUCACCAAGCUCAUACAGCGCCUUUACGACACGAAUGAGGGGCGCGUGCUGAUCGAUGAUGUCAGUGUGCGCGACGUCACGCAGGAGUCGCUUCGAGCGCGCAUCGCAAUCGUGCCGCAGGAACCGAUGCUGUUUCACCGCUCGCUGGCCGAAAACAUUGCCUAUGCGCGUCCCAGCGCGACACAGGCCGAGAUCGAGCGGGCGGCGCAACUCGCCAAUGCGAGUGCCUUUAUCGAGCGUCUGCCCGAGGGCUAUGCCACGCUGGUUGGCGAACGCGGGGUCAAGCUUUCGGGGGGCGAGCGCCAACGCGUUGCCAUUGCCCGCGCCUUUCUGGCCGAUGCUCCGCUGCUGAUUUUCGACGAGGCGACUUCGAGCCUCGACUCCGAGUCAGAAGUGCUGGUUCAGGACGCGAUGCACCGCCUUAUGGCCGGACGUACCGUCAUUGUCGUGGCGCAUCGUCUUUCCACGGUCAUGGAACUCGACCGUAUUCUCGUCUUCAGCAAGGGAAAGCUGAUGGAAGACGGCACUCAUGGUGCACUGGUCCAGCGCGAGGGUGGCAUAUACCGCCGCCUGUUCGAGCUUCAAUCGCUCGAGGGCUGA